AUGUUACUUAACUUGACAUCUCUCGAUAGCGAAAAAGUUUAUGCUUAUAUAUUGCAUUUAAAGAUCAAGCAACUGUAUAAUCGUUACUGCCAUUUGGUUGCACAGGAAGUUUGUUCACCUUCGAUUAUUUCAAGCCACAGUAAUUUGACCCCUCAUAAAUGUGAUCUGAGUUACAAUCAUCCCCAGGCAGAAUUUAUUCAAAAAUUUGCUAAUUUGCAAACUUCAAAAUCGAACUUUGACCAUUUAAUUGAUCCAUCGACAGUUCAAUACUUGCAUUCAUCCAAUCGACACCUCAAUCAUAAUUAUAUACUGACAAAAUCAUCAAAUUCAAUUACUGCAAAAGAGUUGGCAAAGACUUCGCUGUUCAUCCAGACAUUAAUAGCAAAAAAUUUGCUAGCCAAGGAACUAUUUCAAAAAACUUCUAUCAUCGAUGGAUUUACAUCUUAUAAAUGUUACGAUGUAAAGGAACACGCCAAAUGUUUAAUAGAACUUAUUGACUUCACACUUCAAGAAAUUCAUAGUUCUUCUAAAGUUGUACAGGUAUUGAAGAAAAAUUUUUAA